AUCGUAGCGUCUCCAAAUCCCCAGCCUCAUCUACAGCUCAGCUGCGGUGAAGCAGCAUUGAGAAUAUCGAAGUUCUUCCCUCAUGAUUGAUCGUCGUCUCAUUCACUGUGUCCAUUUACCCACGCAGCGGGAAUCACAAAUACCUCAAGCAGAAAGAGACAGACAGCGUUCGAGCAAGUAGCACAACCCCACCGCCAUACUCGGCGGCACACAACGACGCCACCACUCCACCCCAAUCGCAACCGACAAUGGGCCUCUUCGACGGCCGCUCAGCCUCCUACUCCGAAGUCCGGCGCAAAGCCUCCCCAACCCGCACCGCCAGCGGCACGAGCAAAGGCUACUUCGUGCGCCCGCACGUCUCCUCCUCCUCCUCGCGCUCCAGCAACUCCUUCUUCAACUUCGGCGGUGGCAGUCGGGGCUUCGGUUUCGGCUCCGGCUCCUCCUCGUACCGAAGAUCGCCGCGCGCGGGCUAUAUCAAGUAUUUGUGGGCACGACUGCAGCGUAUGGUGAGGGAGUUGUGGGCGUAUGCGCGACGGCAUCCCAUGAAGGCGUUCUUCGCUGUCGUGGUGCCGCUUCUUAGUGCCGGGGGUGCGAUUCAUGGAUUGAUGAAGCAGUUUGGGGUACAAGUGCCGGGAAUGGAUCUUGGGGGUGCGCGAACGAUGCGAGGAGGGUAUUAUGGGAGUGCGGGGUAUGGUGGUGGAGGAGGAGGCUGGAUGGAUAAUGCUGGAAGUUUGCUGCAGGUUGCAAAAGCAUUCAUGUGAGGGCAUGAGGAGGGAAUGGGAGACUUGAGAAUUAUAAUGAAUCUAAUUCACACGACAUAUUGCAGGAUAUGACAUUCGGCUUCAAAGGGUAU